AUGGUUGCCCUGCUUCAAUUCUCUGACUGGCAAAGACAUCUUCCUUUUGGGAUCGGAGAUUUUGGAAGUAGUCGAUCGCUUUCGAAAGCAUUCAAAUGCGUCAAUAAAGAAUACAAAACCACUAUACUGUCUCGAGAUCCAUUGCUGAUCUAUAUACAUGGUUUCAUCAGCACCGAGGAGAGCGAACUCCUUCUGAAAUUAGGGGAACCGAAGUUUGAGCCGUCUCGGCUUGGCCAAAACGAACGCAAUGCAUCUGUAAGAUCGUCUACAUCAGCUACAUUGCUGAGAAAUGAGCCUGUUGUUGAUUGUAUCGCCGCUCGAGCGCUGGAAUUUCAGGGCUCUGCAAUGGAAGGGGUCCUUGACGGUCUGCAGCUUGUCCGCUACACGGAAUCUCAACAGUACAACGCUCACUUCGAUUGGUACAGAGGAGAAGGAAAUCAUGAUCCCGAAGGCAGGCGAUACAACAGGCUCACAAGCUUCUUUGUGAUUGUCGAGGCCACAACCGAUUUGGAUGGGGGCGAAACUCAUUUUCCAGAAGUGAUUCAAUCUCCAGGCCUCUUGCCGGAGACCGCCAUGGACUCGAUCAUGAGUUCGCAGCGUGAAGAGUAUCCCGGGCUUCGAGUCAAACCAGUGGUCGGAAAUGCGAUCUUUUGGAUUAAUCUCCAUCCGAACGGAACAGGGGAUGAACGCACUCUUCACGCUGGCUUGCCUGUCAAUCGUGGGAGGAAAACCGCCAUGAAUAUCUGGCCCAGAGUAUACUUUUAG